AUAAAUAAAUUGUUAUCCUAAGUUCGUCUGGCAAUUAUUAUUUACAAAAUGUAACAAAACUUAGUAAGGUCGAAAAUGAGAAUAAUUUUAGGGUUAUUUUCUUGUUGGGCCUGGACGGCCGAAGGAAAUGGGCCUGGCCCAAACCCAAAACUGUUUGAAGUUUGAAUUGCCCUAUCUGAAAUGCGAUCCCUCUCGUUCUCCCGAGUCCCGCGCUUCCAGCAAUGGUGCGCUGUAGUCUGUUGCAACAGAAUCACGACCACUUCAAUGGGAGUCGACUAUAUUUGGAAAAUGACCGGCGGCAGCGGCUGAGAAGCCGCUGAACCACCGAAGGAUAGGAUCCCCUCCGGUAUAAAAUCCCACCGGAGUCCCCAUUCAUCUUCAUCCAUUCCAAACAGCCCUUGGGAGUACCCAAGGAGGCGGCAAUAGUUUCUCAAUAAAGAAAUAAAAAUAAAAGAAAUAAAGAGGAUAAUGAAAGGCUCGGGCUGCUGUUUGUUCUUUUCUCUUCUUCUUCUCCAAUCUUUUUCGUUUUUCGCUUCGGCUCUUUCCGAUACCGAAGCGUCGUUCAUUGCCCGCCGCCAGCUUCUAACCUUUCUCGAGACCGAUGAUUUGCCCGACGAUUACGAGUCCACGGUUGUGGUGACUGAAACCUUUCCCAAUUCCAGGCUCCGACGGGCUUUCAUUGCCCUUCAAGCCUGGAAGAGGUCCAUUUAUUCCGACCCUUUAAACACCACCGCCAAUUGGGUCGGCGCCGAUGUCUGUUCCUACACCGGAGUUUUCUGUACCUCUGCUCUGGACGACCCCAAUGUCCAAGUCGUGGCCGGAAUUGACCUCAACCAUGCCGACAUCGCCGGUUACCUCCCCGUUGAGCUCGGUCUACUGUCGGACAUCGCAUUGUUUCACAUCAACACCAACCGGUUCUGCGGCCUUGUCCCGCCGAGCUUCGAGAGGAUGAUUCUCCUUCACGAGCUUGACGUUAGCAACAACAGAUUUGUGGGCCCUUUUCCUGAAGUCGUUUUGAGGAUUCCGAAUUUGAAAUUUCUGGACAUUAGAUUCAACGAUUUCGAAGGGAAAUUGCCUCCUGCCCUUUUCACCAAGGAGCUCGAUGCCAUUUUCCUCAAUAACAACAGAUUCACCUCCCACAUUCCUGAGAGUUUCGGCGACUCGCCGGCGUCGGUGAUCGUGAUUGCCAAUAACAACUUCACAGGGUGCAUUCCGACAAGCAUUGGGAAAAUGGGGAACACGUUGAACGAGGUUUUAAUGUUGAACAAUGCGCUUGGUGGUUGCAUCCCUGGUGAGCUUUCUCUGCUUGGAAAUGCGACGAUUUUCGAUGUUUCUUCGAAUCAAUUGAGUGGGAGCUUGCCGAUGAGCUUACAUGGGUUGAAGAAUGUGGAAAUUAUUGACGUUUCUUCCAAUAGUUUGACCGGUGUGGUGCAUGGAGGCUUGUGUAAUUUGCCUAAAUUGGCUGAGUUCACAUUCGCUGAUAAUUUGUUUGAUGGCGAAGACACUAGGUGUGUGCCUCAGAAUAGACAGGAUGUUUGGUUGGAUGAUGCUGACAAUUGUUUGCAAGGGAGGCCUAAGCAAAAACCGGCGGAGACUUGUAGUUCAGAGAUCACAAAGGCCGUGGAUUGCAGUCGGGUUAAGUGCGGCGGAGGAUCCACACCUCCUAAGCAGCCAGAGGCACCAAUUGAUGAUCCUCAUCGUCAAUCACAUGUCCCAAUGAACCACCCUCCUCCUCCACCUGUAAUCAACUCGCUCCCACCACCACCUCCGGUCGCCUCACCCCCACCACCACCUCCGGUCGCCUCACCCCCACCACCACCUCCGGUCGCCUCACCCCCACCACCACCUCCGAGUUGA